UGUUUUGCUUUUUAAGUUGUUGUUUUUUAGUAACGCGUUAUUGUUUUUACAUCUUUUUCUUAAGCUUUUAACAAGAAAAAUUAUUAUAUUAAAUAUCAAAAUUGGCGUCUUAACUUCCAAAGAAUAGAAAAGAAUAAAAAUCUAUUAAAAAUCAACGAGAAGGAGGUAUGCUGUCGCCGUCAUAUAAUCACGUUUUAAACUGAUAAUUUGCUUUUUUUUUUGACAUCAUCAUAGGCUUGAUUUUUAAGUCUCGCCGUCGUUGAGGAACUGAUAAGCCGGAAACCCCUGCGACUUUGUAAUAUAGCUUCAGUUUUGUGUGUGUUUCAAAGAUGAAACGUACUUGUUCCACUUCAGAUGAUUCCGAAGAGAUAAUUGUUGUAAAAAAGUCACAUAAUGAUGGUGCAAUUAAUCUAGAUUUGAAAAUAAAUAAUGAAGAUUCUGAUAGCGAUGUGAGUGAAGGUGACAAUGAUGAGGAGGAGGACGGCGAUGAAACACCGAGAGGAAGUUCCAAUGCAAAUUUCCCCGCCCGUUUGGGUAAGUGUGAAGUAUGUGCCGCCCAAGAAGCCCGCUACACCUGCCCCAAAUGUGAAGUGAAAACCUGCUGCCUGAACUGUGUACGCAUACACAAGAAAGAACUGGAAUGUGAUGGCAUACGGGAUCGCACCAAAUUCAUACCCCUCAAAGAUAUGACAAAAAUGGAUUUUAUGAGCGACUACUAUUUUCUCGAAGAAUGCACACGAUAUGUGGAAGAUCGUAAAGUGGAUCGUGUUAAACGGUAUACACGUUUCAAUACCGAAUUGCCCAUACACUUGUAUCGCCUUAGGCAGGCGGCCAAGGAGCGGAAAUGUACCCUCAAGAUUUUGAUACAAAACUUUGCCAGACAUAAGGAGAACACCACCUACUAUGAUUGGAAGACGAAGAAGAUUUGGUGGCGGGUAAAGUGGAUUUUCGUCAAUGCCGGGAAUUUGUGUUAUGUCGAUGAGAAAUGCCUUGAGGAUGAGUAUCUAAGAGAUUUACUCAAGAAAUACAUAGAUAAGGAUUGUCCGGAGCCGGUGGCAGAGAAAAAGAAAUUGGAGUUCUAUCAAAGCAAGGGGGUGCAGGGUUUAAGGGUCAUGCUAAAAUCGGAAGGCAUUAAAGGCUGUAAAAAUCGUUAUUAUCUCCUGGAUGUCAACAAAACCUUGAGAAGUAAUCUUAAACAUAAAACCUUGGUGGAAUAUCCUUUCAUAUAUGUUAGCUAUGAGGAGGAUCCCUGUGGUUUUGACAUCAUUGAUUCAGAGGAAGAUGUUGAAGGUGAAACAAAACAACAUCAAGAUCUGCUGGAACAAUAUCGCAAGGCGGCACUGGAAAAACAAAAACGCCAACAAGCUGAGGGCUCUGAAGAGGAUGGCGAUGGCGACGAUGAAACCCCUGCUGAUGUUGAAACUUUGGUAAAGUUACAGGCCGAACAAAGACGCAAAGAACGGCAACGCAAACGUGCCGAGUAUGAAAAACAACAAAGUCAUAACUUCCUCUUUACCGAUGAACAGCUAAUGGAGGCAUUAUCUUCUUCGUCCAGCGAGGAUGAAGAGGGCUAAUAUAAACCUUUAAUAAUUUUAAAAUUAAGAUGUAAUAUACUUGUUUUUAUACAUA